CUUUGUCCCAGUCACUGCCACCAUCUUCUGUGAUGCCAGACUAACAGUAUGUAUGUAGCUGUCUAAAAAAUGACAUUGUUCAUCCGUGAUAUGGCUGGUCGUCUGUUUUUGCUCAUCCUCCUUUUCGAUACCUUCCAGUACCUCAAAGCCAAAGAUCUUCCUCAGCCCAGUCUAACAGUGAUUCCUGCAGUCAUCAAAGAGAGAGACUCAGUUCAGCUGAACUGUCAGACUCCUCCAUCUGUCUCUGAGUGUUACUUCAAAAUGGCUGGGCAAGUGGAUUUCACCCUACAAUCACCCUGUCAACAGACACUCACAGGAACACUACUGGUGAGGUGGACAGGUCAGAGUUCCCCAGCUGAGGUCAAAAUCCAAUGUCAGUACAGUGCUACAGGUUCACAGUUUAGAUCCAUAUACAGUGAGCCUUCAACAGUCACAAUUCAGGACCUUCCCCAGCUGACAGUGAGUUCUACAGUCAUCAGAGAGACAGAAUCAGUUCAGCUGAGUUGUGAGACUCCUCCAUCUCUCCAUGUGUCUCACUGUUCCUUCUACAUAGAGGGGAGGAAGAAUCUUCCAGACUCAUCCUGUAGUCAGACACUCACAGGAACUGAGCUGCUCAAAAGGGCAGAUCAAACGUUUCCAGAUGUGGUCAAAGUGACGUGUUACUACACUGUAUGGAAGUCUCACACAUCUCCUUUUAGUGACCCUGUCUCAGUCACUGUUCAGGAUCCACCUCCUCCCAGGCUGACAGUCAGUUCUACAGUCAUCAGAGAGAGCGACUCAGUUCAGCUGAGCUGUCAGACUCCUCCAUCUGUCUCUGUGUCUCAGUGUUACUUCCACACAAAGGGGAGAGAUCCUAAACCCUCACCCUGUACGCGAUCACUCACCGGGACUGAGCUGCUCUCGUGGGCAGGUCAAAGUUCAUCAGCUGAGAUCAAACUGAGAUGUUUUUACACUGUAGAAUCUCACUAUCCAUCGAUGCACAUCGGUUCAGUCUCUGUUACUAUUAUUGAUCCAAAACCAGACAUUACAGUCAAUAUUUAUGAGGACUUCAACAUCAUCUGUUUGAUUCCUGGAUCCGUCAGUCCUGACACCACCUGUAACCUGUAUGUUGGAGAGGAGAGUCAGCCAUCCUUCACAGCAAAGAUCAUGAAGAGAAAAGCCACCUCAGCAUCCGGACAGCAGUUCUGUCAAUUCACUCCAAAACAUAGUGAUCUGAUCAGUCGUCUACAGUCAGUGAGGCGUAAGGAGGUGAGCUGUGACUACAGAUUGAGCUCAGGACCAAACUCUCUCUCUCCACGCAGUGAUGGGUACAGCUUUACAGUGGGUUUGACUCCAGGUCCUUUGUCUACUUUGCCUCCCAGCAUGACAGCGAGUCCUACAGAAGUUUUGACUGUUACUUCUACCUUGACCCCAGACACCACAGUGAGACCAACUACCAGUUUGACCUCUCCUUUGACCCCCAGUACAGCAGUGAAUCCUACAUCAGGAGGUCAAAGCUCCACAGAAAGCGUUCUGGAGGUGCAAUUAUGGCAGACAGCAGUGUGUAUGGCUUCUGGAGUGGGUGUGUUCUUAAUGGGAUUGACAGCUGUCUAUCUCUGCAGGAGGACCAAGAAAACCAAUUCUCAGAGACCUACAGCCAGACAGGAUGAUCACAGCCAAUGUGAUUUGGUGAUGGGAGCUAUGAGCAGUGCAGGCAUGUUGGAUUCAAGAGAUGCUGGGAUCUACUCUCUCAUCACCUCUGUACCGUCCACGUUUUUGCCCUCAGGUCCUUUUGAAGAAAAUGGAAAGUCAUCUGAAAACGACAAUUCUGAUAUGUACCAUGUAUACAGCUCAAUCCCCGACAGACCAACAACCUCAGCCCAGCCUGAUGGGUUUUACAGUCUUCUACAGACACACUGAAACUACACCACUGGCUCUCUGUAUGUCUCACAGAAAUAUUGUUUCUUUCAGGAUGUCCUUUAUUUAUCACACAUCAUGUUACUGUAAAUAGGUAUAAAUAGGUAUCUAAAACAUCUACUGCAGUGCCGUUUCUAUUUAUAAGUAACAUUCAGUAAGCAGCCGUUAGAGGCCCCUCCCCCCUCCAAAAACAACCGUAGGAUAGUAGAAUACACAACGUGCAGUUUCGAAAUGUGGUUCUACAUCAGAAGUUUUUCUCUUGUUAUUUCAGUCACUGACAGUCACUCAAUUAUCCCAUGUCAGCUAAGAUUUUAUAGAUUGCUAGGCAAGUUAGUCUAGCCAGCUAUCUAAGUCUUGUAGUAAUGGUCCAAUUACUGCCCAGGGGCCCUGACUUCCACGGGGCCCCCAAUAAUUUUGUUAGUCACUCUCACUCAGAUAUCAAAUGAACAUGGCAUAAGUCAUGGCAAAAUGUGUGGAAUUUCAGGAAAUUUGCUUAGUAACUGCAAAGAUCUCUCUGCCCCAUGGCAAAAUGAGUAGAAUUGCAGGACAUAAACUUUAAAGCUCCAAAUGUUUCUCUUUGCUGCCAUGAGCGGGGCCACUAAAAUGUUUUAUCGGUGAGGUGGGCAAAUCUCGCUUAGGGCCCCCAAAAUGAUUGGAACUGCCGUAAUUUCCUGUAUCACACAUUGACACCUGGCCUGGAUUUUGGAGCGGUCCGGGACAUACUCCCCUUUAAAUAUUUUUUAAGUAAAUGCCCAAGUAAAUAUAUACUGUUUUUAUAUAUAUUCUGUCAUCUGUGUGAUGUCUCCUUCCAUAACGGUUUGAUACAGUUUACAAAAUAAAAUAUAUUUGUGAUCAAAAUCGAUAGAUACAGACAAUUAAAAAUCAAUAAAUAUAUAACAUAUUCACACAAUGCAAAAAAACAGGUAAAUAGGAAAUUAAGAUAAUUUAAGUCAUUAUGAUCCAAAGUGGUAUUGCUAAGACAUUUUUCUUGGUGAAAUUCAUAUUGUGUUGAAAUAUGCUUAUAAUAUAAACCAGAUGCACCCAAAAAAUCUGGGGAAAAAGUCUCAUUUUAUUUGAACAAUUUUUGCAGCAAAGGUUAGCAAAUCCCAAAAACCUGAUCUUAUAGCAAAAGUAUUGAUAUUGAUAUUGCCCACAUACGUUGUUACAAGCUACAAAAUAUAACAUUUCGGUUUUAAAAAUGUUUACAUUGUUGGCAACUUCAGAUCAUCAAAACUGAAAAAUAUAGAUUUCCAAAUGCAAUUCAAAUCUCCAAAUUUCUCCAUAUUCACAUGUUAACUUGUUGUUUUCCAAAUUCCCAGUUGAAUUUCAACUUACUCAGCACCUCAGUCGCAAUGUACAGUGUUGUAGACACAUUCUAGCCUUGAAGUCCAAUGACUGCGGAGUGGUUUAGAUGUAAAUGGUAAGAGAACACAACUUCAUUACAUUUUUUUCCAGUUAAUAUGAGCUUACAUUCUGUUUCGAUGCACACUUGAGCCUAGCGGUCAGGGUGGUCGAUUAUGCUAUGGGGGAUGGCUUUGUUUGUUGAAAAGGGGUGGCUCCCCCCUCACCUCCCAUAUACACUGUACACACUGUACAUAGAUCUUUCUAUUGUGUUAUUGACUGUAUGUUUGUUUAUGUGUAACUCUGUGUUGUAGUUUUUGUUGCACUGCUUUGCUUUAUCUUGGCCAGGUUGCAGUUGUAAAUGAGAACUUGUUCUCAACUGGCCUAUGUGGUUAAAUAAAUGUGAAAUAAAAAUAAAUAAAAAAUAAAUCCCUCUUCUAUACAGUGGGAAGAACAAGUAUUUGACACACUGCCGAUUUCGCAGGUUUUCCAACUUACAAAGCAUGUAGAGGUCUGUAAUUUUUUUAUCAUAGGUACACUUCAACUGUGAGAGACGGAAUGUAAAACAAAAAUCCAGAAAAUCACAUUGUAUGAUAUUUAAGUAAUUAAUUAGCAUUCUAUUGCAUGACAUAAGUAUGCUAAUGAAUUACUUACAAAUCAUACAAU